AUGAAGCAACUUCUCGAACAAUUUAACCUUGUGAAACUACGUGUUGCAGAAGGAGCGAUUUAUAAUUCUUAUCUCAACGAACAUGAAGACUUUUGUCUUCCUGGAACAAGGACUGAGCUUCUGUCUGAGAUUCACAAGUGGGCUGAUUCAGCGGAAAGUCGAUGCAUAUUCUGGUUGCGUGGAAAGGCAGGGACCGGGAAGUCCACUAUUGCCCGAACAGUCGCUCGAUCAUUUGAAGAAAAAGGUUCUCUUGGUGCUACCUUUUUCUUCAAAAGAGGUGAAUCCGAUCGCGAUACUGCGAAAUAUUUUAUUUCAACUAUUAUAAAGCAGUUGGUGUCUCGACAUCGGCAGUUGAUACCUGACAUUUCAAAUGCUAUCGAGAACGAUUCAAAUAUUCUAUACAAGUUUCAGAGUGAACAGUUUGAUAAGCUUCUCUAUCGGCCUCUUGAGAAGCUGCAUCUGAACUAUUCUACAAUUAUUGUUAUUGUUAUCGAUGCCUUGGACGAAUGUUCUCGGGAAAUUGAUAUAAAAAUUAUACUUGAACUUUUGUCCAAGUUGAAGAAAAUACGAUCUGUACCUCUGCGAGUGAUUUUAACCAGCAGACCUGAACCUCCAAUUCGAACCGGCUUUGAAGGUAUUGGCGGCUAUCAAGGCCUGGUUCUUGAUGAACUUUCUGAUUCAGAAAUCAAAAACGAUAUUGGCCUGUUUCUGAAUCAUAAGUUUGCGGAGAUACGGGACGAAUGCUCAAUCUCUGAGACUUGGCCUGGGAAAAAUGAUAUGGAAAAACUGGUAGAUAUGGCUUAUCCUCUGUUUAUAUUCGCAGCCACCAUCUGCCGCUUCGUGGGGGACAAACGCUGGUCUCCAGAAAAACGCCUUAAAGCAAUUCUUCAAAGUCCAUUGGCAAUAUCCGGAAACCGAAUGGAAAGCACCUACCGUCCUAUUUUGGAUCAACUUGUUUCUGCCGCAGAUGAAGAAGAUGCCGAGAACUUAUUGCAAGAAUUUAAGAAUAUAAUUGGGGUUAUUAUUCUUCUUGCUAUACCGCUUUCAGUCAAUGCUCUCGCCAGCCUUAUAAAUAUGCAAAUUGUGGAUGUUGAUACUCGCCUGGCUGGAUUUCAUUCGGUGCUCAGCGUGCCGGUGAAUUCAACAGAAGAUAUUUAUUCGCCUAUUCGCACUCUGCAUACAUCAUUCCGAGACUACCUCCUUACAACACGAAGCGAUUUCCGAAUUCAGGAGGCAAUGAUGCAUGGAAGGAUAGCAAACCAUUGCCUACGAGUUAUGUCUGACCAUCUCAAACAUAACAUCUGUAACCUAGCAAGUUACGGAACAAAGCGCGAGGAGAUUGACCUUGUGGUCAUUACUAAGUAUCUUACAGCUGACGUGCAAUAUGCCUGCCAGUAUUGGGUUUACCAUUUUGCGCGUAGCCAAGAUUGGAUUUCUGAUUCUGAAAUUCUAUCAUUCCUGAAAAAGCGAUUUCUCCACUGGUUAGAGGCAUUGGCCAUUAUUGGAAGUAUAUCUGAUGCACCACAGUUGAUCAAUACACUCAACGAAAGAUCAUCGAAGUUGAAAGAUAGUGAGCUUUCUGAAUUUCUCGACGAUGCAAGAAGAUUCACUCUUCAGAAUUCCUCGAUAGCUGGAACUGCUCCACUUCAAAUCUAUUGUUCUGGGCUGGUUUUUGCACCAAUGAAAAGCAUUAUAAAAAAAAGUUUCAAGGGUGAAAUGAAACGGAUACAAACAUUCCCAGUGAUAGAAGACUCAUGGAGCCCAUGUCUGCAGACAUUUGAGAGCAAUUCAGGAAGCAUUCGCUCAGUAGCGUUUUCUUCCGAUGGGCUUUCUCUAGCAUCGGGAGCAUUUACUGGGAUUAUCGAAAUUUGGGAUACUGGGACAGGCGCCCGCCAAGAGAUAUUCAAAGCUCAUUCAGGUUCAGUCAGUACAUUAGCCUUUUCUUCAAAAGGGCUUACAUUGGCGUCAGGCUCUGAUGACAAAACUAUAAAGCUCUGGGACCUUGCUUUAGGCAUGCGUCAACAGACAUUCAAGGGCCAUUCAGAUUGGGUCUGUUCAGUAGCCUUUUCUCCCAAUGAGCCUAUAUUAGCAUCAGGCUCAAGAGAUAAGACUAUUAGACUCUGGGACCUAGAAAAGAAAGAACCUCUAAGGGAAUUCAAGAGCCAUCUAGGUGUGAUAUUUUCGGUGGCUUUUUCUUCCGAUGGACUUAUAUUGGCAUCAGGUUCUGAAGACAAAACUAUCAGACUUUGGAAUAUCAGAACUGGUGAAUGUCAGCAACAGACUAUACAGGCUCAUUUAGGAAAGGUCAACUCAAUGGCCUUCUCCCCUGUUACGUCCAUACUGGCGUCGAGCUAUAGUGAUGGAACCAUCAAGCUCUGGGAUUUGACAAUAAAGGAGGAAAAGAAGAUAUUGAGAAGUCAUUCAAGUUGCAUCCAUGCAAUGGCCAUCUCUUCCUCUUCCAAAAAGCCUAUACUAGCCUCAGGUUCUGGUGAUAAGACUAUAGUUUUGUGGGAUACUAAAACAAGCAAGCAUCAGCAUACUUUAAAAGAUCAUUCAGAGUUGAUUAGCUCAGUUGCCUUCUCUCCUGAUGGGCUCACACUGGCAACGGGCUCUUUUGAUCGGACUGUUCGGAUAUGGAACAGCACAACAGGCAUAUGCCAGCAGGUAUUAAAUAACCAUUCAGACCCUAUCUGGUCAGUGGCUUUCUCUCCAAAUAGAGAUGAGCUUAUACUGGCAUCAGGCUCUAGUAAUGGAACCAUCAGACUCUGGAAUCUCAGGACUGGUCAAUGUCAGCGAGUUCUGAAGAAUUCAGCUGGUAUUUUCUCAGUGGCAUUUUCUUCUGAUGGACUUACACUGGCAUCAGGCGAUGAGGAUGGAGCUAUCAGACUUUGGAAUAUAAGAGAUGGUAAUACUCUGCAAGUUAUAGAGGGGCAUUCAGGUUGGGUCUUUUCAGUAGUUUUUUCUCCUAAUGAGUCUGUACUAGCAUCAGGCUUUGAUGAUAGUACUGUCAAGCUCUGGGAUACUGAAAAUGGUAUAUUAAAGCAAACUUUACAGGGUCACUCAUCUUUUGUCCACUCAGUGGCCUUCUCUUCUGAUGGGUCUUUACUAACAUCGGCCUCUUAUGAUCACACUAUCAAAAUCUGGAUGAAAGAAGGGGGCAUCUACAAGGAGGUAUCGAAGGACCAUCUCAAUUCGGCCAGUUCAGCACUCAGACAUUCGGACCUGAAUUCUCCAAUAUCUUCAUCAGAUAAUUGGAUAGCCCUAGAGGGCGAGAAUCUGCUGUGGCUUCCUGCUGAAUACCGAGCUUUUGUACGCCAUGCUGUCAAGGACACUACACUUGCUCUAGGAUAUGAGAACGGGCAGGUCUUGAUUAUAGGUUUCCGUACAGCGAACGAACCAGGCUAA